CACGGCCCGCGCUUCAUGGGUGGCACUGCUUCCAUCCAUAUCUGAACCAAGAAGCCAACUCAUGAUCUUCAAGUCACCUGAUACGUCUGUCUCAUGUUAGGAGUACAUGGAUCUGUCCCACCUCCCCGCUCGAUCUAUCCCCGAACCAUCCAGUGCUGCCUAUAAGUCAUGUCUGAACCAUAUCUCGACCGGUCCAGUGAGACCUGGUGGACCAAUCGGGCUCGCUCUCGUAGUGUAGACCCCAUUCAAUUCGAUGACGAUCUUGAGCCAAGAUCUGAGGAUCGUCCAGUAACUGGCAGAAACAUCGUAAUUUUCGGAGAGACUGGAGUCGGUAAAAGCUCCUUGAUCAACCUGAUUGCAGGCAAGGAUAUCGCCCCCACAUCCCCAGAUGCACUUCCCUGCACCACUGAAGAGCAUGCCUACGAGGUCGACAUACGUGGUCAGAGGUACACCCUGCAUGAUACAGUGGGCCUCGGGGAGGGAAGUCAUGGACCAAUGCCAACGGACGUGGCUCCCGCCAAAAAGUUGAAAUAUUUCCUGAGGAAGAUGUCUCAAGAAAAUGGUCUGCAUCUUCUGGUCUACUGUGUGCGUGGGUCAAGGGCCACCAGAGCACUACGUCACAGUUAUGAAACAUUUGCUGCGGCGAUUGCAGAGAUGAAAGUUCCAUGUCGUUCUUGCUGUGACAUGCGUCGAUGACCUGUCGGAAACAGGUGAAUGGUGGAGGAGGAAUGGGAAAACUGUGGAGAGCCUUGGGAUCCGGUUUGAUGCUCAUGCUUGUAUAUGUACGCUUCCUGGAGACUCAUACCGUGAUCGCCGCUACCAGUCAAAAAUCGACGUCUGCGAAAAAAUCUCCGAAUUAUGCGACUAUGAUGGUGUUCGUGUGCGACGCCCACGACGCCAGAGGAGUUUGCCUUUUACGAGAUGAAAUUUAGUGUUUGUAGAAUUACUUACUAUAUAUAUCUCACUGGUCUAUUUUUUUCUGUGCUUGCUGUC